AAUCCGAGCGACCGGGUGAUAACGGGACGAUGGCGAACAGCAAACGCUGUACGGCGUACACCACUCGUGCACGGCUUCGGGCUUACCGAUGUGUGUGCGUACACACCACCGUCCACCACCUCCGCCAUCGCUCGUAGUCGGUGAUAAAUGACGAAAUAAUCGACGGACGAACUACGAACCGUCCGUACCUUGCCGGCCUGCCAACGGAGAUAGUGCCGUCUCGCUUGUCGCCGUGGACGUGACGCAAAACAUUUGGCGUGCGGACCGACGACGUCGACACUCGACCACCGUUGCAGUAGUAGUGUCCACUGCGCGCACCGGCGAUUGUGACGCUACCGUCGCACGGCAGUCAGUGGUCGUACGCAUAGUAACUAGUAACUAGUAGACAGUGGUCAGUUCUCUGUAGAUGGUGUUGUAUAGCAAGUUGUCAGACAGUCGGUAGUCACUAGUCAUAGUAAUUGUGGUGGCGGCGGCAGCUGUUGAGUGUUUAUGUACGUGUUGAGCGUGUGUGACGUCGAGUGACCGGCAACGAGAACCACGACGACGACGACCGCGCGAACCGACCCGCCGGACACGGCAAAGUCGGCGCAAAUUACUGUCGCUGGUGCUACGUAGCUUCCAGUCGACGUCGAGCAGCGGUGGGCGUGCAGUAGUUGCUCGACGACGGCGACGGACAACCCGGACGUGACGAUGACUCUGCAGGCAAUCAAGUACGAGAACGGCACAUUGGAAGUGCUGGAUCAAUUGCUGUUGCCCAAAGAGUCCAAGUACAUACCCAUUUUAGGCGUCGAGGACGGAUGGAAGGUCAUCAACAAAAUGCAGGUACGUGGUGCUCCAGCUAUUGCCAUUGUUGGUUGUUUAAGUUUGGCUGUAGAAAUAUCAAAGGAAGAGUUUGAAAAAAAAAAGGCUCUUCGACGAGAAGUUGAGGGUAAACUAAAUUAUUUAAUAUCUGCUCGGCCAACUGCUGUAAAUAUGAAACAGGCCGCAGAUCAUUUAAUAUCUUAUAUAAACUCUUUGGAUAACGAUGAAUCAGUUUCAGCACAAGAAAUGCAAGCUAGGUUUGUAGCAGCUAUAGAAGCAAUGUUAGAAAAAGAUAUAUCAGAUAAUAGAUCAAUAGGAGAAUUUGGAGCUAAAGCCAUUUUAAACAAUGUUACGGAUGGCGAACAAGUUCGUAUUUUAACGCACUGCAACACUGGUUCAUUAGCUACUGCAUAUUUUGGUACUGCAUUAGGUGUUGUACGUUGUCUACACUCUGCUUCAAGACUGGAAAAUUGUUAUUUCACGGAAACAAGGCCUUACAAUCAAGGUGCUAGAUUAACUGCCUAUGAAUUAGUUCAUGAUAAAAUACCAUCAACCUUGGUCUGUGAUAGUACUGUUGCUUAUUUAAUGAAGACUGCUCAGAUUAAUGCUGUUGUUGUUGGUGCCGAUAGGGUAGCAGCCAAUGGAGAUACUGCUAACAAAAUUGGAACGUAUCAAAUUGCUGUAGUUGCCAAACACCAUGAGGUUCCAUUUUAUGUAGCUGCUCCACUAACUUCAAUUGAUUUUAAUGUAAAUACUGGUGAUAAUAUAGUGAUUGAGGAGAGGCCUCAAGUGGAAAUGACUCAUAUAAAUAAUAUUAGAAUAGCUUCUCCAGGUGUAACUUGUUGGAAUCCAGCAUUUGAUGUAACACCAGCUCGACUGAUAACUGGAAUAAUCACUGAAAAGGGUGUUUUCCGACCGUCUGAACUCUCCACACUCCAGUCUCAAUUGCAAGAUCAUAAAAAUUCACUUCCCCAACUGUAAUACAUACCUAAAUAUUAUAUCAUUGCACAAACGCAUCGUACAACUUUUUUAUGAAAAAAAAAAAUGUAGGCUAUUUUUAUAAUAUAUGUAUGCGAAAGCUACAUUCCUAAGCCAACGACAUCAAUUUUUAUUUAUGUAUAAAUGUAUAAUCAUGAUAUUAUUGUCUGUUGAAAAAUAUUUUUAAUAUUAUAUGGAAACAAUUAAUUCCAUAGAGUACAUUGGAAAUAGACAAAUUAUUACUUAUAUAUUAUAAUUUAGUCAAGUAUAGUUGUGAUACAAGUUAUAAUAAUAUUAUUUUUAUAAUUUAAUUUAAUUCUUUUUUAUGUAUACAUAUAUAAAUAUAUAAUAUAAUAUCUAUAUAUAUAUAUAUGUACAUGGGGUUUAAAUUAUUUUUAUUGAAAAAAAAAAGCAUGGCUAUAAAUCAUUUAAAAUUAUUUUCAUAAAAGGCCUUUAAAGAAAAAUUCAAGAUUUUUUUAUACCUAAUACAUAUUUUAACAAUUCAAAAAUGGAACUAAAUUGUUUAUUUUCUAAACAUUUUGUAUUCUUAAGUUCUAACAUAAAUUAAUAUGGAGAUCGUUGUUGUUUUCAAUCAUUAUAAUAAUUAUAGUAUAAUUUAUUUAAAACCCUUAAAUUGGGUGAACACCCCCAUAUCUAAUUAUGUGUGUAUGAUUUAUUAUAAAAUUCCCAUUCAAAUUCUUACUUUAUGUACUUAUGGCGUUUAUAUUAGCUCAUUGUGAUAAUUAAUAAGCUAUAAACAUAAAAAUAUUAAUGUUAAUACUAUGUUAUUAUGUAUAUUUACAUUUUUAUGUUUUGGGUAUCUAACAAAUCAUCUUCAUAACUUUAUGUAACAUAAAGUACCUAUUUCAAAGCGCA